AAAUGACUGCGGAAAAACAGACUCUCCGAUCCGCAAAUGGGAAGACGGAUUCUCAGACAAGGCUUGCGAAUGCCCCGCAGCCAUCAUUUAACUGCGCCUGCAGAGCAGUUAAGGUUUGUCACCCGACCCUCCCGGAUCGCCUCAUUUGUCUUUAGUGAGACCCCGAGGCUCUGCCCGCGCCGGGCUUCUCGGUAGCUGGAUGCAUGUCGUGCUGGGGCAGCGCGGGCGCAGGGCACGCGUUCGCGCACACCCGCGCACACACGAAAACGCGCAAGAGCUGAACCGAGCCGGGUUUCCAUUUCAAAAAAGGAGACAGCCUCUACUGCGAAUGUAGAAGAGACCGAGGUGUGAAUUAGGGACCAGGAGGCGUCGAGCGGCGGAACGGUCCAUCUCAGAGACUAAUUUUCUGGAGUUUCUGCCCCUGCUCUGCGUCAGCCCUCACGUCACUUCGCCAGCAGUAGCAGAGGCGGCGGCGGCGGCGGCGGCUGCUCCCGGAAUUGGGUUGGAGCAGGAGCCUCGCUCGCUCCUUCGCUCGCGCUCUCCGCGCUCAGUCCCCGGCGGCAGGAGGAGCCUGGACCCAGGCGCCUCCGGCGGGCAAUAGGCGCCGGAGCCCGGCCUGGAGGUGCGUCCCGGAUCCCAGUGUACGUCUAGCAAGGAGGCUGCGCCCCAGAGAGUCCGGGGAGCGCCGCCGGCUGGUGCCCGGCGCGCCAGGCCAUGCAACGGCGGCAGCGGCGGAGCUCAGAACGGCGGUAGCGCCCCCUGUGAGGCGGCCAGAGAUGCCCCGGCCGCUGUAAACGGUGCCGCCCGCCAGGACACGCUCAGCCCUGGACACGCUCUGCUCUGCGCGCCCGCGACGAGCACCGAGUAGAGAGAGCGGCGAGCGCUGUGAAGGCUACCUAGCCCUGGGAGAGGAGGCCAGCCGGUGCAGCGCAGGGACACUACUCAGUCUGACUCCGGCUGGCACUGGCGGCUAGGGAUGUCGUCCUGGACGAGGUGGCAUGGCCCCGCCACGGCGCGGCUCUGGGGCUUCUGCUGGCUGGUUAUGGGCUUCUGGAGGUCAGCUCUCGCUUGUCCCACGUCCUGCAAAUGCAGCGCCUCUCGGAUCUGGUGCAGCGACCCUUCUCCUGGCAUCAUGGCAUUUCCGAGAUUGGAGGCUAACAGUGCAGACCUUGAGAACAUCACUGAAAUUUACAUUGCAAAUCAGAAAAGGCUAGAAAUCAUCAACGAAGAUGAUGUUGAAGCUUACGUGGGACUGAAAAACCUGACAAUUGUGGAUUCUGGAUUAAAAUUUGUGGCUCAUAAAGCGUUUCUGAAAAACACCAACUUACAGCACAUCAAUUUUACCAGAAAUAAACUGACGAGUUUGUCCAGGAAACAUUUCCGUCACCUUGACUUGUCUGAGCUGAUCCUGGUGGGCAAUCCAUUUACAUGCUCCUGUGACAUUAUGUGGAUCAAGACUCUCCAGGAGACUAAAUCCAGUCCAGAAACUCAGGAUUUGUACUGCCUAAAUGAAAGCAGCAAGAAUAUUCCCCUGGCAAACCUGCAGAUACCCAAUUGUGGUUUGCCAUCAGCAAAUCUGGCUGCACCUAACCUCACUGUGGAGGAAGGAAAGUCUGUCACAUUAUCUUGCAGUGUCGCAGGCGACCCAGUUCCGAAUUUGUACUGGGAUGUUGGUAAUCUGGUUUCCAAACAUAUGAAUGAAACAAGCCACACGCAGGGUUCCUUAAGGAUAACUAACAUUUCAUCUGAUGACAGUGGAAAGCAAAUCUCUUGUGUGGCAGAAAAUCUUGUAGGAGAAGAUCAAGAUUCUGUCAACCUCACUGUACAUUUUGCUCCAACUAUCACAUUUCUCGAAUCUCCAACCUCAGACCACCACUGGUGCAUUCCAUUCACUGUGAAAGGCAACCCCAAACCAGCGCUUCAGUGGUUCUAUAAUGGGGCAAUAUUGAACGAGUCCAAAUACAUCUGCACUAAAAUCCAUGUUACCAAUCACACGGAGUACCACGGCUGCCUCCAGCUGGACAAUCCCACUCACAUGAACAAUGGGGACUACAAGUUAGUAGCCAAGAAUGAGUAUGGGAAGGAUGAGAAACAGAUUUCUGCUCACUUCAUGGGCUGGCCUGGCAUCGAUGAUGGUACAAAUCCAAAUUAUCCUGAUGUAAUUUAUGAAGAUUAUGGGACUGCAGCAAAUGACAUUGGGGACACCACGAACAGAAGUAACAACAUCCCUUCCACAGACGUUGCUGACAAUACCGGUCGGGAACACCUCUCGGUCUAUGCUGUGGUGGUCAUUGCAUCUGUAGUGGGAUUUUGUCUGCUGGUAAUGCUGUUUCUGUUGAAGUUGGCAAGACACUCCAAGUUUGGCAUGAAAGAUUUCUCAUGGUUUGGAUUUGGGAAAGUAAAAUCAAGACAAGGUGUUGGUCCAGCUUCAGUUAUCAGCAAUGAUGAUGACUCUGCCAGCCCACUCCACCACAUCUCCAAUGGGAGUAAUACCCCAUCAUCUUCAGAGGGCGGCCCAGAUGCCGUCAUUAUUGGAAUGACCAAGAUUCCUGUCAUUGAAAAUCCCCAGUACUUCGGCAUCACCAAUAGUCAACUCAAGCCAGACACAUUUGUUCAGCACAUCAAGCGACAUAACAUUGUUCUGAAAAGGGAGCUAGGCGAAGGAGCCUUUGGAAAAGUUUUCCUAGCUGAAUGCUAUAACCUCUGUCCUGAGCAGGACAAGAUCUUGGUGGCAGUGAAGACACUGAAGGACGCCAGUGACAAUGCACGCAAGGACUUCCACCGCGAGGCCGAGCUGUUGACCAACCUCCAGCACGAGCACAUCGUCAAGUUCUACGGCGUCUGCGUAGAGGGCGACCCGCUCAUCAUGGUCUUUGAGUACAUGAAGCAUGGGGACCUCAAUAAGUUCCUCAGGGCACACGGACCUGACGCCGUGCUGAUGGCCGAAGGCAACCCGCCGACCGAGCUGACGCAGUCGCAGAUGCUGCACAUCGCGCAGCAGAUCGCCGCGGGCAUGGUCUACCUGGCCUCCCAGCACUUCGUGCACCGGGACCUGGCCACCCGCAACUGCCUGGUGGGCGAGAACCUCCUGGUGAAGAUUGGGGACUUCGGGAUGUCCCGGGACGUGUACAGCACCGACUACUACAGGGUUGGUGGCCACACGAUGCUCCCCAUUCGCUGGAUGCCUCCAGAGAGCAUCAUGUACAGGAAGUUCACCACAGAAAGUGACGUCUGGAGCCUGGGGGUCGUGUUGUGGGAGAUCUUCACGUACGGCAAACAGCCCUGGUAUCAGCUGUCGAACAAUGAGGUGAUAGAAUGCAUCACUCAGGGCAGGGUCUUGCAGCGACCUCGAACAUGCCCCCAGGAGGUCUACGAGUUGAUGCUGGGGUGCUGGCAGCGGGAGCCCCACAUGAGGAAGAACAUCAAGGGCAUCCACACGCUCCUUCAGAACUUGGCCAAGGCAUCUCCAGUCUACCUGGAUAUUCUAGGCUAGGGCCCUUCCCCAGGUCGAUCCUUCCCAAAGCACCUCCUCAGAUGGGCCGAGAGGAUGAACGUCUUUUAACUGCCGCUGGAUGCCAUCAAUCUGCUGUUCUUCACUCUGACAGCGUUAACAACAGAGACACUGAGAAGCUUUCAGAGGGAAGCAAUGUGUACUUCUCCAUCCGUAGACACAGUAUGGACUUCUUUUUGGCAUUAUCUCUUUCUCUCUUUCCAUCUCCUUUGGUUUGUUCCCUAGGUUUUUUUCUUCUUUUUUUCCUUUCUUUUUUGUCUUUCCUGCUUCACAGUCCUUACCUUCCUUUUUAAAUCAAUCUGGCUUCUGCAUUACUAUUAACUCUGCAUAGACAAAGGCCUUAACAAACCUAAUUUGUUAUAUCAGCAGACACUCCAGUUUGCCCACCACAACUAACAAUGCCUUGUUGUAUUCCUGCCUUUGAUGUGGAUGAAAAAAAGGGAAAACAAAUAUUUGACUUAAACUUUGUCACUUCUGCUGUACAGACAUCGAGAGUUUCUAUGGAUUCACUUCUAUUUAUUUAUUAUUAUUACUGUUCUUAUUAUUUUGGAUGGCUUAAGCCUGUGUAUGAAGAAGGAAAACUUGUGUUCAAUCUGGGAAGCUUUUAUCUAUGGGAGAUUAAAACCAGAGAGAAAGAAGAUUUAUUAUAAACUGCAGUAUGAGAGGAACAAAGACAACCAUUGGGAUCAGCUGGCGUCGGUCCCUGCUUAGGAAAACCCCAGCGACUGUUAGCUGGGAGGAAUGUAUUCGGCACCUUCCCCUGAGGACCUUUCUGAGGAGUAAAAAGACUGUUGAAUUCUGUGCCGUGGACUCUUCUUUUCCCAUCACCGGAAACACUAGAGUGUAGUAGAGGGAAAAGAUGGCUUCCGUGAGACGCAAGAUGGCGCAUCACACGCUCAGACGGUCUUGUCUUUGUAGAUCGUGGUGAUAGCACUGGUUUGUUUUUCCAAGUGUUAUUCACUGAGGCUUUAUCAAGUUCAGUUGAAAAUAGGUGGAUUCUUAUCCAGAGAUCAUUUCAGGGUCAGAUGGGAAAGCCAAGGACUUGGAAAGGUAGGACAAGCUAUAAAUUCAGAGGCAAGUUUCUCUUAUAUUGAACUUUUCAGAUAGCACUUCUCUCCAACCCCUACCCUCCACCUGACCCAUCCUUUUAACUGUGCAAGCAAAAAUGUGCAUGGUCUUCGUCGAUUAAUACCUGUGUGCAGAACUACCGCUCCAGACGUCGUGCCCCUGAUAGGUAGAGCAGAUCCUUAAGAGGUAUCACUUAUAUAAUUAGGGGAAGCUAAUGGAGUUCAUUAGCUGAGUAUAAAUAUCUCUGGGUCUUAUGGUGGUGAUGGGUUUUAACAAAUAUGUACCCUGAAGCCUGGAAGUCUCCAUCCACGCGGCACCCACUGUGGGACUGGGGGAAGGGCAGUCAAUCCCGGAGGGAAAGGAAACCUCACCUGGGGCAUCACCUGCAUUGAUGCCCAGUGUACACAGGCCAAGACCUUGCUCUGGGCUCUGGUUGGGAGAGUGGUUUCAUUCCAAGUGUACUCCAUUGUCAGUAUGCUGUUUUGUUUUCUUCACUCCAUUAAAAGAAGUAAAAAUAAAAAAUUAGGCACAGCAUGCCAAUAGGAGGCUAUGCCCAGGUCAAGCUUUGGAGGUGUGCUUCUGGGCAUAGUCAUGGGUUUUGCAAAAAGAGAUUGUAAAUUUAAAUAGAAAUUUACAGUUAUUUGAUGAUCAGUUACACCAAGGAAGAAAAAUAUUUCUGUUCCACAAGAAAACUUGCUACCCUCUGUGAGGGGAAUUUUGCUAACUUGACACCUUUAUAACAUGAGCCAGAUUGAAAAGGAGUGAUUUUAAUUCAUCUUAGGUCAUUUUAUUUCAUAUUUGUUUCUGAAGGUGCAAUUGCUCUGUUUAGGUUUUUCUUACGCCCUUAAGUACUGGAGCACCUUAUUUUCCAUUAUAGGCUUUGAAAGUCAGUUGUCAAAAAAUCAAUAGUGUCGAUUAACUGAGAACAAAAGGAAAUCCAGUAGCAUCUGCAGUCAAGUGAAGAGGGUUGGACAAGACGAACCCUGGUCCCUUCAAGUUCUGUGCUGGCCUAUGAGAUGUGAGAGUUGAGCUGUUUGUUCUUUGUAGGUGAAAAACCACCCCUCCAGAAUACACAUAAUAAUAUAAUGAAAGCCAUAUCUCCAUGAUAUAUACCUGCACGUAUAUAUCCUACAAGGACCCAUGGUACUGUGCAAACACUGUGGCACUCUGUGAAGCGGUAAAGAAGGGGCAGAUUUGUAUAAAACUCUUCUAGAUUCCAUCAGCAAUGACCUAAAAACCUACACAGGUUUGUCUUUCUGCGCGACUGGCCAGUUGCUCUGGGGGAAGAAGCUGCAAGUUAUUUGUUUUAUUUUAACAGACAGCAAAAGAGGUAAUACCCUAGGAAAUCAAAUUUAAGGAGGGCUGUGCAGUUUUAGAGCAAGGCCUUGUUUAAGGCAAAUCAGAAGACGGGAGCAUUCCAUUCCAUUCCUGUGUUGUUUUCCUCUGAAGGAAAAAAGAAAAAAAAUGUCUCCUUACCUUCUGACAGAUCCCUCAAGGUCUUGAAAUAAAAGGUUCUAUGCAAGCACGAAGUUUUAUAGUUCUUUCUAUUGCUGAUUAUUAUUUUUUUCCUCUGUUGUCUCAAGAGUAUGUACUGAUUUCAGAGAUGUCUCUCUCAUUGAAAGAACACCAGAUUGCUUUUGAAGUAGCUGAAUGAACCACAGACUGUCUUAAAACAUUCAUCGCUGUCCUCCACAAUCCCCUCUUCUCUAUGCUCUUCCAAUUUUUAGAAAAGGAGUGUUCUCAUUCUAGAAAGUAAUGAUCACAGAAUAUGGCCUGCCAUCAAAUUCCUUCAAAACUACAACAGUCAUAGUGACAUACCUAAUUCUCUAGCCCAAACUCAGUCUGACAAACAUUUCCACUGGUAAAUUGUUUAAUAGUUUUCCAAACGCUUUUUACAUAUGUUAGCAAAUUAUUCCCGUUUUUUGUAGGUGAGGAGAUUGAGACUUGGAGAAGUUAAAUGGCAUGCUAGAAAUCCCCAGGCUAGCUUCUGGCACCACUGGGACUUAUGGAAGUAUUCUGACUCUGAAGUUCAUGAUUCUGUCCACUAGAGACUCUAACAUACAAGCAAGCCGGCCAGGAAAGAAAGCAUGUUAACAAGUUCAUGAACCAGGAUACGAAGUUAGAACGAAAUGAACCACAUGAGAUGACAAGCAACUGAGAUAUCGUGAUAUAUAAUCAUGCUCAUAGCUUCAGCUAAAUCCUUGUACACUGAACCCACGUCAUAAUCACGCUUAUUUAGAAAACAUUUGAACUAUGCUAUUAGGAUUAUAUCAGAACUCAUAUUAUACGUAUGUGUUCACACCAACGCUACCUGUGGUAUUUUCAUGUAUUUAUAUGUGUGUUAUAAAUACUUGAUUUCUACAUAUAUGAACACACAUGCAUAGUUUGUGUGAUUAUGUAUAAAUUUAUAGGCACACAGUAAUAGAGAUAAUUAUAAGUAGGGUGCAGUAGGAAUAAUUUGCUUAAAAUCUGCUAAGUAACCAAAACUUUUUAAUGUCCUGUUGCUGUUAGUGCUUCCAUUCUCCACGUGGGUAGGACUGCAUCGCACUUUUCAGCUCUGUGCCGUACAACAUGGGUAGAAGACAUAGUUCAGGUAAUGUGCUUCCCAGAACAACUGAAUCGAAGCCAUCCCGCGACACUGAGUCCUUUCUCUGGCUCCUUGCAAAGGAAAAUGCAGACUGAAAUAGAUCUCCUUCUGUAAAGGUCCAGGAAAGGAAAAUUGAUUUUUUUUCAUCUUUUUGCACAUUUGUAUCAUGCUCACCUCAUUCCACCGUGACCCCUUUACACUUGUGUUCAGAGUCCAGGCAUUCCAGAAGAGAACUGAAAUGUUGGCAGCCCAGUGUCUUGAAGGUCAAUGGUGAGACUCCAAGACCCCACAGCCAGGUGAGCGAUGCUUAGGAAUCCCCACAUUCAAGCAGGAAUGCAAGAAACAGCAGUGCAAAAUGCCGCCUUGGCAAAGAGCCGUGACAGCAGGAUGCCCUGGUCAGAAAUAGACUUUUCUUUUUAACCUUUCCUUUUGCAAAUUGGACCUUCUAUGAUGCCAAUAACAUUAAAUUGUGUGUCUGAUUAAACACGUGACUGCGUACACACAUACCCUCAAUUCUCUGGCUCUUUUUUUUCCCCAUUUGAGGAUUUUUAUUUCCAAUGUUGAGUUUUGUUUUGGCCCCAUAUCAGUGUUAGAGAAAAUCUCACGAGGGGAACGGCCAGUGACCCCACUCCUCAGAUGGCUGGAUGAGCAAUGAAAGCAGUUUCUUCACAGUGCAUCAUUGCGGAAUGCGGAGACUCCCGAGGUUGUGAUAGCAAAUAUUAUCCUCAAGAAUUAGGGCUGGGAGGGAUUUGUAGUUAAACGUGACAGCUCAUGAAGAGGUAUUUUCUUGGUGUCAGGGCUAGAAUGAAUCACUGCUGCUCAAGUCAGAGGCUCUUGAAUAUCCUUAGUUUUUCAUUUUUUCCCAUUCUUUCCCUUUUACCUUUAUUUAUGUAUUUAUUUAUUUCUAUAUAUUUUUUGCUCCAUUCAUCACAAACACAAAGCAAAGCAAAAAAAUAUAUAUAUGUGUAUAUGUGUUGCAGGCAAAACACUGUGAAUUUCACAACAGCAACCAAGCAACUACUUUGCCAUCUGAACAUACGUCUCAGGAGACGAAAUGGGAAAACAUGGGGAUGUCAUUUUUUUAGUCUAUGCAUUCUAGGCCAGGUCUGUGUUUGUUUUAUUUCUUUGGUCUGUGCAUUAAUGAAAAUGAUCCCGCGUGAAGGCUGGCUGAAUGUUCAGCAUACUGGAGCAAGCAUAAUAAAGCUGCUAAUAGCCACACGUUUGAACUGGAAAAAAAAAAAAAUUGGAGAAAAUGAAAUGAAAUGUAAAGGCCUAUAUCUUGCAGCUUGUAUAUCUUACUCUUGCUUUAAAAAUGUAUAAAACAGCUGGAAAUGUUUUAAAUACAAAGUCUUUGAAUUAAAUGUGGAUUUUAAAUAUGUAAUCCCUUGACAAACGACCAAAUUAUGGUGAAAUAUUGCUCCCUGCAUUCAUCGAUCAUUACCUAUCACUUACAAAUCUGCCUAGAGAUGUGGACACUCUCUGCAUUUGCUUCUGUACAUGGAGAGAUGUUUGUAAAUAUCCAGGCCGUAUACACACACACAUUUCAAUCUCUCUCUGAAGAUAUAUUGCCCCUUUAAUUGUGACCUGGUAUUUGGAACUCUCCUUUUAUUUGCUUUCUUUUUCUUUAAUGUGACGUCUCUGUGCUGAUACUUACUGGUUCUUGUUUUGCGAUCUGUUUCGAGGUCCAUUGCUUUACUAAGACCCACUGCAUCUUGGCUGAUUUCAAAGUGACACCAGAAUAUCAGUGUUUAAAAAAAAAGUUUUGUUUGUAAAUCACGUGACCAGCUUCUCUCAACCUGACAUGGAAAGUCUCUUGUACUACAGUGUACUUAAUAAAAAUGAUGUCUUACAAUAAAUAACAUCCUCGAAAGAGA